UGGAAGAAUUGCAGCCAAAAAGCCAAACCUCUGACGUAGAAACAAGGCUAAACUGCUCAACUAUACACAUGAACCAGGGAAGGACUGACAACUCAUGGGGCCCCCGGGCAAUAGGGGAUCAUGGGGCCCCUGUGUCCUUGCCCAAUCUCAAAAAAGCCUAUGAAAAAGGUACCAGGGGCAUCUCAUGGGGCCCCCUACUGACCCCGGGUUCUCGGGCAGUGCCUGAGUUUCCAAAUUGUCAGUCCGCCCCUGGUUCU